AUGAUCAACCGUCACCACAUACUCCUACCACCUGCUCCAGAGCCGUCAUCAGCGCCGACGCCUUCGCCUUAUGAAAGGAACUAUACUAAGUUGCCCCCAUCUCAUUCGCCGUCGCCGGAAACAUUUCCAGAGUCAUCGGCGGAAGGGUUAUCGCCUCCGUCGAAGCUUCCGGUGGACUUUAGUCCGCCGUUGAUUGUGAUGGUGGUUAUUAUAGCCACUGCUUUUGUCAUCGUAACUUACUCGCGGCUCCUCUCCCGCCACUUUCACCGGCUCUAUCGCCGAUACCAGAGGUGGCGCCGCCGUCGCCGACGGUACGUUCCCUCCACCUCUGCCGGGGACAUCGAGUCGCCAACUUACUCCUUCGAUCCUAUUGACGCUGCUUUCCACGUUCUCUCUCCGUAUGGACUCGACGAAUCGAUCAUCAAAACCAUUCCUCUAUCAGUCUACACACGAAAGAGAGGAAUUCAUGAUUGCGCUGUUUGUUUAUUAGAAUUCGAAGAAAAUGAUUAUAUUCGUACUCUUCCGGUGUGUUCUCACGCCUUUCACGUGGAUUGCAUAGAUAUAUGGCUCCGGUCACACGCCAAUUGCCCUCUGUGUCGAGCCGGAAUAUUCCGUCCUGAAUCUCCGUUCACACCACUGAUGGCUGCGAGAAUUCGCCCUAGCCUCGAAGAUAUGAUCAUCGAGAGCACAAUCCUCGAGCCUCUAACCGAGUUUCCCAUGGAACCUGACUCAACUAGCGUCGGCGAAAUCACCCAGGAACCUUCGCCGCGUUUGAACAACCAAUCCGAGGACCGAUUCAACGGGCGCGAUUUUUUGUUAAAAAGGUCUUAUUCUUUUGGAUUCGAAAGAAAUUUAGGAUCAGAGAGAUUGGUAUUAGAACCGGCAACCACCUCACCGUGGCGGUACAGAAGAGGCGGCGGAGGAAGUUUCUGGAAUAAACGCCCUUCACCAUUCACUUCAUUAACAAAACCUAGGGUUUUCUCAUUCCGAUACUACAGAGGAAUGAAAUCUCCAUUUUUCCGCCGCCGGAGCGGCGGGUUUUUCCCAGUAUCCGAGUCUAGCGUGCGGUUCGGCUUAUCCAGCGGAGGAGGCAGCUCAUCGAGAAGAAGCAAGUCAUUUGCAAGUCCAAUGUUCAUGAGAUCAUCAGCUACAGCGGCUGGGCAUUUUUCAUCAAGCCGGCUAAGGAGCGGUGAUCCAGAGGCGCUAUUAUCACCGGAGAGAUUUAACAGACGGAUGGUGAGAAAUGACGAAGGCUGCAAUGGGGCAUUUAAAGAGUGUCGAACAUGA